GCCCCUGGAACACCUCCAUCUGAGACCACUUUAACAUGAUUUCUGUGCUUGAGGGAUUUUGGACCACGCUGCGUGUAGUCAGCCCUAAAACAUGGGUUGUGAAAUGUGCUCGCAGGAGGCUUUUCAGGCACAGAGGAGUCAGCUGGUGGAGCUGCUGAUCUCAGGGUCCCUGGAGGGCUUCGAGAGUGUCCUGGACUGGCUGCUGUCCUGGGAGGUCCUCUCCUGGGAAGACUACGAGGGCAUCCACCUCCUGGGCCAGCCUCUCUCCCACUUGGCCAGGCGCCUCCUGGACACCAUCUGGAAUAAGGGUACUUGGGCCUGUCAGAAACUCGUCGCCGCUGCCCAGGAAGCCCAGGCCGACAGCCAAUCCCCGAAGCUGCAUGGCUGCUGGGACCCCCACUCGUUCCACCCAGCCCGAGACCUGCAGAGUCACCGGCCAGCCAUUGUCAGGAGGCUCCACAGCCAUGUGGAAGGCGUGCUGGACCUGGCACGAGAGCGGGGUUUCGUCAGCCAGUACGAAUGUGACGAAAUCAGGCUGCCAAUCUUCACACCAUCCCAGAGGGCAAGAAGGCUGCUCGAUCUUGCCACAGUGAAAGCGAAUGGAUUGGCCGCCUUCCUUCUACAACAUGUUCAGGAAUUACCAGUCCCGUUGGCCCUGCCUUUGGAAGCUGCCACAUGCAGGAAGUACAUGGCCAAGCUGAGGACCACAGUGUCUGCUCAGGCUCGCUUCCUCAGUACCUAUGAUGGGGCAGAGACGCUCUGCCUGGAGGACAUAUACACAGAGAAUGGCCUGGAGGUCUGGUCAGACGUGGGCAUGGCUGGACCCCCGCAGAAGAGCCCGGCCACCCUGGGCCUGGAGGAGCUCUUCAGCACCCGCAGCCACCUCAACGACGAUGCAGACACCGUGCUGGUGGUCGGUGAGGCGGGCAGCGGCAAGAGCACGCUCCUGCAGCGGCUCCACUUGCUGUGGGCUGCAGGGCGAGACUUCCAGGAAUUUCUCUUUGUCUUCCCAUUCAGCUGCCGGCAGCUGCAGUGCGUGGCCAAACCACUCUCUGUGCGGACGCUACUCUUUGAGCACUGCUGUUGGCCUGAUGUUGAUCAAGAGGACAUCUUCCAGUUCCUCCUUGACCACCCUGACCGUGUCCUGUUAACCUUUGAUGGCUUUGAUGAGUUCAAGUUCAGGUUCACGGAUCAUGAGCGUCACUGCUCCCCGACCGACCCCACCUCUGUCCAGACCCUGCUCUUCAACCUUCUGCAGGGCAACCUGCUGAAGAAUGCCCGAAAGGUGGUGACCAGCCGUCCAGCCGCUGUGUCAGCAUUCCUCAGGAAGUACAUCCGCACCGAGUUCAACCUCAAGGGCUUCUCUGAACAGGGCAUCGAGCUGUACUUGAGGAAGCGCCAUCGUGAGCCUGGGGUGGCAGACCGCCUCAUCCGCCUGCUCCAAGCGACCUCAGCCCUGCACGGUUUGUGCCACCUUCCCGUCUUCUCGUGGAUGGUGUCCAAAUGCCACCAGGAACUGUUGCUGCAGGAAGGGGUGUCCCCAAAGACCACUACAGAUAUGUACCUGCUGAUCCUGCAGCAUUUUCUGCUGCAUGCCACCUCCCCAGACUCAGCCUCCCAGGGUCUGGGACCCAGUCUUCUUCGGGGCCGUCUCCCCACCCUUCUGCACCUGGGCAGACUAGCCCUGUGGGGCCUGGGCAUGUGCUGCUACGUGUUCUCAGCCCAGCAGCUCCAGGCAGCACAGGUCAGCCCUGAUGACAUUUCUCUUGGCUUCCUGGUGCGUGCCAAAGGUGUCAUGCCAGGGGGUACGGCGCCCCUGGAAUUCCUGCACAUCACUUUCCAGUGCUUCUUUGCUGCAUUCUACCUGGCAUUCAGUGCUGAUGUGUCACCAGCUUUGCUCAGACACCUCUUCAAUUGUGGCAGGCCAGGCAACUCACCGAUGGCCAGGCUCCUGCCCACGCUGUGCAUCCAGGGCUCAGAGGGAAAGGACGGCAGCGUGGCAGCUUUGCUGCAGAAGGCCGAGCCGCACAACCUUCAGAUCACGGCAGCCUUCCUGGCGGGGCUGUUGUCCCGGGAGCACUGGGACCUGCUGGCCGAGUGCCAGGCAUCUGAGAAGGCCCUGCUCCGGCGCCAGGCCUGUGCCCGCUGGUGUCUGGCCCGCAGCCUCCGCAAGCACUUCCACUCCAUCCCGCCAGCUGCGCCGGGUGAGGCCAAGAGCAUGCACGCCAUGCCCGGGUUCAUCUGGCUUAUCCGGAGCCUAUACGAGAUGCAGGAGGAGCGGCUGGCACGGAAGGCUGCACGUGGCCUGAAUGUCGGGCACCUCAAGUUGACAUUUUGCAGUGUGGGCCCCGCCGAGUGUGCUGCCCUGGCCUUUGUGCUGCGGCACCUCCGGCAGCCCGUGGCCCUGCAGCUGGACUACAACUCUGUGGGUGACAUUGGCGUGGAGCAGCUGCUGCCUUGCCUUGGUGUCUGCAAGGCUCUGUAUUUGCGCGAUAACAAUAUCUCAGACCGAGGCAUCUGCAAGCUCAUUGAAUGUGCUCUUCACUGCGAGCAAUUGCAGAAGUUAGCUCUAUUCAACAACAAAUUGACUGACGGCUGUGCACACUCCAUGGCUAAGCUCCUUGCAUGCAGGCAGAACUUCUUGGCAUUGAGGCUGGGGAAUAACCACAUCACCGCCGCGGGAGCCCGAGUGCUGGCCGAGGGGCUCCGAGGCAAUGCCUCCUUGCAGUUCCUGGGAUUCUGGGGCAACAGAGUGGGUGACGAGGGGGCCCAGGCCCUGGCUGAAGCCUUGGGUGAUCACCAGAGCUUGAGGUGGCUCAGCCUGGAGGAGAACCAUCUCCAGGAUGAAGGUGUAUGUUGUCUCGCAGAAGGACUGAAGAGAAAUUCAAGUUUGAAAAUCCUGAAGUUGUCCAAUAACUGCAUCACCUACCUAGGGGCAGAAGCCCUCCUGCAGGCCCUUGAAAGGAAUGACACCAUCCUGGAAGUCUGGCUCCGAGGGAACACUUUCUCUCUGGAGGAGGCUGACCAGCUUGGCUGCAGGGACACCAGACUCUUGCUUUGAAGUCUCCGGGAGGAUAUUCAUCUCAGUUUGUUUGUGAGCAAGCUGUGAGUUUGGGCCCCAGAGGCUGGGUGACAUCUGUUGGCAGCCUCUUCAAAAUGAGCCCUGUCCCGCCUAAGGCUGAGCUUGUUUUCUGGGAACACCAUAGGUCACCUUUAUUCUGGCAGAGGAGGGAGCAUCAGUGCCUUCCAGGAUAGACUUUUCCCAAGGCUACUUUUGCCAUCGACUUCUUCCCAAGAUUCAAUCCCAGGAUGUACAAGAGGGACAGCCCCUCCUCCAUGGUAUGGGACUGGCCUCUACUGAUCCUCCCAGGCUUCCAUGUGGGUCAGUGGGGCCCAUGGAUGUGCUUGUUAACUGGGUGCCUGUUGGUGGAGAGGCCUGGACUAUCACAAAAGACCCCUUCCCACUGCUCUGAUGAAGAGGAGUACACAGAACACAAUUCAGGAAGCAACUUUCUCCAUGUCUCGACUCAUCCAUCCAGGCCAUUCCCCAUCUCUGGUUCCUUCCCUCCUCCUGGACUCCUGCACACGCUCCUUCCUCUGAGGCUGAGAUUCAGAAUAUUAGUGGCCUCGGCUUUGAUAUUUCACUUACAGCACCCCCAACCCUGGCACCCAGGGUGGGAAGGGCUACACCUCAGCCUGCCCUCCUUUCCGGUGUUUAAGACAUUUUUGGAAGGGGACACAUGACAGCCGUUUGUUCCCCCAAGACAUUCUAGGUUUGCAAGAAAAAUAUGACCACACUCCAGCUGGGAUCACACGUGGACUUUUAUUUCCAGUGAAAUCAAUUACUCUUCAGUUAAGCCUUUGGAAACAGCUCCACUUUAAAAAGCUCCAAAUGCAGCUUUAAAAAAUUAAUCUGGGCCAGAAUUUCAAACGGCCUCACUAGGUUUCUGGUUGCUGCCUGUGAACUGAACUCUGACAACAGACUUCUGAAAUAGACUCACAAGAGGCAGUUCCAUUUCAUUUGUGCUAGAAUGCUUUAGGAUGUACAGUUAUGGAUUGAAAGCUUACAGGAAAAAAAUUAAGCCCUUCCUUCUAAGCAAAUGUCUUCCUGGAUUAUUCAAAAUGAUACAUGUCGAAGCCUCUGUAAAUUGUCAGAUGCUGUGCAAAUGUUAUUGUUUUCAACAUUAAGAUGUGUGAAAACUGGUUAAUAUUUAUAAAUUACUUUGUUUUAUUGUCUUAAGUUUAUACUUUUAUAGACAACAUGGCCGUGAACUUGAUGCUGUAAAUAAUCAGAGGGGAAUAAAGUAUUGAGUCAAAACAGCCAUCUUCCUUGUGACCAAACAUUUAAAAAUAUUCUGGCCAGGCAUAGUGUCUCACUACUGUAAUCCUAUCACUUUGGGAGGCAGA